UAACAGAUAAUUUCAUUAAAGUCGGAAAAUAGAUUGAGCUAUUCGUUGAAGAAGUUAUAGUCACUACUGAAGGGACUCAUAAAAAAAGUAUUGAAGGAUAGAUAAUUAGUGAAUUCAAUUCAUUUGUGUCUAGCUCGAUAUGAACAGAACACUGAGCUUCCUUGGAGGAGUUCUGUUUUUCGCUUUGUCAUUUCUAGUCCAAAGAAGCAACGAAAAUGGUUUUGCUUCUCCCCCUCUAAACGUCAAAGGAACAGCCACUGGGGGUUACUAUAAAUCUGAAAUAACACUGUCUUGGUCAAGACCAACAAGAAUCAAUGGCUCCCUUACCGGAUACACGAUUUUGUAUGGCAGGACAGACAGACAAACCAAUGAGACCAUCUCAGUUGAACCAAGUGUGACUACUUUUAGGAUUGAAAAUUUGCUACCGUAUAGAAGCUACGCAAUCUUCAUACGAGCGAACACAGAUCAUGGGGAUGGCGAUUGGAGUUCUCGUGUCGUUAUCGUAACUCCCCAAGGAGCACCCAGCGAUGUCUGCCACGUUACCCACAUCAACUCACCAACCCCAAACAGUAUCUACCUCGAGUGGGACCCACUAGACCCUGAACACCACAAUGGGGUCCUUAUACAGUAUCGCGUUGGGUGGUUGCUGGAAAAUAUGUUUUCUGAUUAUAAAUUUAUAGUUUUGAAAAAUUUGUCUWUUAGACAUUAUACCAUAACCGGACUCUUGCCGUACAGGCUGUAUUAUUUGGGCGUGGUAGCGGAUACUGAAAAGCAUGGGUUUCAGAUUAAUCGGAAAUUUUUGGCGAAGGCAAGUCAGUUAAGAACAAAGGAARAUGUCCCAAGUCAAGCACCAUCAAACCUGAGAGCAUCAUUAGAUUGCUACAGUUAUAAGUUACAAAUGUCAUGGGAUUCGCUUCCAUCAGACUUCAUCAAUGGCAGGCUGUUAGGAUACAAAGUCAUGAUCAAACAAGAAAAACAAGAAUAUCACAACACCACAGCAAGCAACGAGAAGCUAGAUCUUUCGGUCGACGAGUGUAAAAAUUACUCCGUUAAAGUUGCUGCAUUUACGACGCCUGGAACUGGAAUUUUUUCUGAAACAACGCCGGUUUUGAGUUCCUGUCCUUGUGGUAUUCCAGAACCACUGUAUUCAAGUCUAACCAUCKUAUCCGAAGAAGGAGAUCCAGUUAACCUCCCCUGUGAGUACCAAGGACGACCUGAGCCCGCAAUGUACUGGCUACAUGGUAGACAGCGGCUUUACCCCAAAGAGGAAGAAGUCCUUAAUUCAGAUGUCAAUAAAGUCGGGCGGCAGUUUGCCAAUGGCACGUGGCAUGUGUCACGCGCAGAGAUUAAGGAUAAUGGGGUGUACACGUGUGUGUUAAACAACUCUUAUGGUGUGGCUAGGACUGAUGUAUCGCUUCAUGUCGCUAAAG